UCAGUGUUAUGUUGAUCAAAAAGCAAAUGCUAGCGUGGCCCAAUAACAACCAUCACAAUGGUGAUUAUCUUGUGUCCAUGCUUGUUUCACGUUUUCCUUUGUAAAUUUUAAGAAUUCAGCGAAAAUGAAGAUAUACUUUCAGCUAUCAUUUUUUCUGUUCUUUCUGCAAGAACAUUUUGUGCAAGUUAUGUCAGAUGUUGAUGAAGAAAAUAUAAAGAAUUAUGGCCAAAUACCGAGUCAGUUGGAACUUUAUCGGAGCUUAUUUAAGCAAAAGCGAGCUGAGCAGAUGAUGGCAGUAGAAAGUAUAAUUAAAAUGGAGAAGUAUGAAAAACGGUAUCAAAUAAUCAAUAUGAUUUUUGAAAAAAUUCUUAAGACUGUUCAAGAGGCAAAGAAUGAAAUUGUUACAAGUGGUUACAUUGCUGGGGAUGAAUUUCCUGAUGAACAAAAGCAAAAGGAAGCAAUUGGAAACAUUGUUGAAAACACAGCAUUUUUGGGAGACAUUGUAUUGCGUUCACCAGACAUUGCACAUAAGUUGUUUGCAAGAAACAAAGAAUGGAAGUUACUAACUUUAUGGAGUUUAAGUUUUACCAACAAUACAAGAAUAUAUGAUGAUACAGAUAGCAAACUACUACACUUGAUGGCACAAGAACUGAAUCUCAUUCCUCGUGAUGCAAAUUAUUUCAACCCAUUUUCUGACAAAGCUAAAAUAAAGAACAGUGAGUAUGAAAGAAAAACACAAAAAGAAACUCAAAAUUCGUCGAAGCAUGAAACUAAACGAGAUAAAAAGAAAAAGAAAUCAAAAGGACCAAGACUCAGUCAUGCCGAACUAUGACGAUCUAAACAUAAAUAAGUAUCUACAGCUAUCAAGAAAUAUUUUUUUUGCCCCCACCAGCACAAAAUAAACCAUUUGUACAGAAUUAACUUUUAUCCAAUGCCAAUUUAGAUCGGCAACAAAAGAGCAACACUCGUACGUAAAUUAUAAACUGUAUUAGGUUUCUUUGAAAUACAUUGUUUUCUACGAAUUAUAAUUCGAAUAUAGAAAUAAUAUUAUAAGCCUGCAAAUUAUCCAGCUUCCAACAUUCCUGAAUGAAACAAUCAACAUACACUAUUGUAUUUAAAUUACAUGUAGUUGACAAUGAGUCCGUGAUUAUUGCAUUAGUAUGAUUUCAAUUGGAAAGUAGUAACUUUUGAAUAAGAAGCUUUUAUGAAAAGUUUUUA